AUGAUUUUAGUUAACACUGGUUUGGUUUGUACAGGUGUUGCUGCUCGUGUGGUGGUCAACACUCACGAAGGUGUUAAAUGGUUGGACCUCAGUGGCUCUGAGAAAAGAAACAUCACGUAUAAAAGAGCCUCACCAGGACCUGUUUCUGCCCUUAAUGCGAAUAACACGCUAUACUGGAUCAUUCCUGAGAAUGACAUCAUCUACAGUGGCAGCGAUGAAGAGAACUGUGAUGACAACGAAUGCGAGAUCGAUAACGGUGGCUGCUCUCACCUGUGUAUUGAUCUGCCCCUUGGUUUCAUGUGUGACUGCCCCAGUGGAAUGAGGCUGGUCCAGGACACACACUGUCAGGAUGUGGACCACUGUCUUGAUUCAGAUGUGUGUGAUCAUAUUUGUGUCCAUAUCAAUGGAUCUCUUGCGUGUGAAUGUCAGGAUGGGUAUGUGCUGACCGCUGGGACUGGAGAGUGCAAGGCUACAGAUGUAAACGACCUUCUUGGAACACAAACUGAUUUUCAGAAAAACCACGCAUUUCUGUAUGUGUUCUGGGCAGAUAGUGCAGCGUCUCCCAGAAUUGAGCGUGCCAGUUUGGAUGGGACAAGCAGAAUAGCACUGAUAACUUCAUCUAUACGUUCUCCUGUCGCAAUCUCUUUAGAUAUCCCUCGUGGUCUGCUGUACUGGGCUGACUCUGGUCUGCGCAUAAUAUCAAGGGUUGCAUUUGAUGGGCAACAUAGAAAGACAGUUGUAGAGUCCAACGGAUAUCUAGAUCAACCAUUUGGACUGGCCGUAUUUGAGAGUCGAGUGUACUGGAGUGACCAGUUGACCAACUCUAUUUGUAGUGCAGACAAGCACAAUGGCAACAUGCUCCAGGUUUCUCAGAGGCUCGGUUCUGUUUCACCAACUGGACUGGUCAUCCUUCACCCACUGUUACAGCCUUCAGGCAAUGAUCUGUUGCAGUCUGAAACGAGAACACCAUUUCCUGAUUCACAAUUUGCAUGGCUCUUCUCAUUGACUGUCAUAAUCAGUUUGCUACUGGUGGGGGCAGUGCUAUGGCGGCAGAGGUCUGAAUUCUGUGCUCCUCGUUCUCUUUCUCUUGGAGACGAGACGCUUAAAGAAUCCCAGGAUCCUCUUCUGUUAUCCAGGCUGGCUGUAAUACAUGAGCAUAAAGUAAGAGCCACGGAUGGCACACACAAUGGUUCAACGCACUGACAUGGACAGAGUAUUCCUGUGAGAGGACCUCUACAUUUCCUGUGGUGGAUAUCACAGCCCCCAUUUCCUGCUGUGUUUGGGAGAGAAACUAAAGUGAAACUAAAGUGAGGCAGGCAGAUGGAUUCCACACAAACAUCCUGCUUGCAGACCCCAAAAAUGUGCUUAAAUACUUGCCAAAUGUCUGUUUAUGAUUGAUAAUCACAGAAUUAAUCAAACAAAGCAUUCGAAUCAAACUAAGCAUUCAGUGGAACAUGUUUGUCUUAUAAAAAUAUGCUAUUGUCACUGUAUCAGACUUUUAAGUCCUUUAACUGAAUUGUAUCGGUCUGAAUGAUAUCUUUCCAUUUGCAUUGGGGAUUCCACUGGACACGGAACAGCAAAAUGUCACCAUAACAGUGUUCUGAGCUUCAGGUCAAUAAUUAAAUCAACCAUGUUAUAUGGUACAAACAGUGCUGUGAGUCAUUACAUGACAUUUAUCUGUUUCGAGCUUGUUUAAAGGUGCUGUUCCGUUUAGUUCUUACUGCUGUAUUUUAUGAAGUGAUAAAUGUCCAUUCUUCAUUGAAUGUGUAGGCGCACAAUUUGACCAAUCUCUGUCUUGUCUUUGUAUGUGUGCGCAUAGAGACAAAAUCAGUUUGGAAAAUAUUUUAUUUUGAAAUUCACCAGUGCUGUUAAUGCUGCAGAGCAUAUACUACAGAGAUAGUUGUGUUUAUUUAUGUAAGGAGAGAAUUUCUUUUAUUUAUUUUUGUGGUUUGGAUCACUUUUCCUGUUCUCUUCAAGUUAUAGUGUUAAAACUGUUAAUCGUUUAGGUGUAAAACAGGUUUUUGCUCUUCCUUCUGAUUGUAUAUAGUUUGAAAAAAUGUGGUUUGAAUGCUUUUAAUGAUUCAUGGUAAAGGGAUCAAUAAAAUAUAAGUUGGAA